AACACGAAAGGCAAGAAGAAAAUAUUUAAAGAAAGAAGCAUUUGUGUGAAGAAGAUAGAAUAACUUAGGGCGGUCAAGAGAAUGACGUGUCUGGUUUUAAGCUACAAGAACAGACACACAAGUGAGGUUUAAUUCGAAUCGCCAGAUUGCGGUUGAAUCUCAUGGCGCUGCUUGUUCAUCUGCACAAUCCCUGCUGCUCUAUCACCAAUUUUAAUUUGAAUAGCGGAGUCAGAACAAGUAGGCGAGCAGGCUCCUUUUUGGCGCGAAACUCCAGCUCAGCAACAACCGCUCCUCCCACUCCCAACAUAUUAUCAUCCACAGGCAAAGCAGAAGCGGAUGUUAUUGUUAUUGGGAGUGGGAUUGGUGGACUCUGCUGUGCUGGACUUCUUGCGAGGUACGACCAAGAUGUUCUGGUACUUGAAAGUCAUGAUUUGCCAGGUGGGGCUGCUCAUUCCUUUGAUAUAAAGGGUUACAAGUUCGACUCUGGUCCAUCUUUGUUUUCUGGACUUCAGUCAAGAGGUCUUCAAGCAAAUCCCCUAGCACAAGUUCUGGAUGCAUUAGGUGAACCAAUACCUUGCGUCAAGUAUGACUCAUGGAAAGUUUAUGUACCUGAAGGAGAAUUCUUAUCACGCAUCGGUCCUACAGAAUUUUUCAAGGAUCUUGAAAGGUAUGCGGGUCCUGAUGCCGUACGUGAAUGGCGUAAACUUCUUGAUGCAAUACUUCCAAUGUCUACUGCUGCAAUGGCUUUGCCACCUGUAUCUAUUCGAGGCGAUUGGGGUGUUCUUUCCACUGCUGCAGCUCGAUAUGCACCAACUCUUAUCAAAUCCUUUGCUCAAAUGGGACCUCGGGGAGCUCUUGGUGCAACAAAACUUCUUAGACCUUUCUCAGAAAUUGUGGACUCUUUGGGGCUAAAAGAUCCUUUCAUACGUAAUUGGGUAGAUCUUCUUUCUUUCUUGCUUGCGGGGGUGAAAUCGGAUGGUAUACUUUCAGCAGAGAUGGUGUACAUGUUUGCAGAAUGGUACAAGCCUAAUUGCACGCUAGAAUACCCACUUCAAGGAAGUGGUGCAAUAGUCGAUGCUCUUGUUCGAGGUGUACAAAAGUUUGGUGGACGGAUAUCUCUCAGAAGUCAUGUGGAAACUAUUGUUGUUGAAAAUGGCCGAGCUGUAGGAGUGAAGCUAAGAACUGGUCAAUUUGUACGUGCAAGAAAGGCAAUUGUUAGCAAUGCUUCUAUGUGGGAUACUCUGAAUCUACUACCGAAGGAAGUUGUUCCCAAAUCCUACCAGGACAGGAUUGAGAAGACACCCCAAUGUGAAUCAUUCAUGCAUCUCCAUUUGGGUUUUGAUUCCGAGGGUAUGCACGAGGACUUGGGUAUUCAUCACAUCGUUGUCAAUGAUUGGAAGAGAGGAGUUGAUGCUGAUCAGAAUGUGGUUUUGAUAUCUGUUCCAAGUGUGCUUAGUCCCGCUCUUGCACCCCCAGGAAAACAUGUGUUACAUGCCUAUACACCAGGAACUGAGCCAUUCGGACUUUGGGAAGGGCUUGAUCGCAAAAGCAGUAAAUACAAAAAACUUAAAGAUGAACGAUCUGAGGUAAUGUGGAAUGCUGUAGAGCGUGCCCUUGGUCCUGGUUUUAGCCGAGAGAAGUGUGAGGUAAAAUUAGUAGGAACUCCAUUGACACACAAAAGGUUUUUGCGGAGGAACAGAGGUACUUAUGGUCCUGCUAUUCAAGCUGGUAAAGACACCUUUCCAGGUCAUCCUACACCGAUACCUCAGCUUUAUUGUUGCGGAGAUUCUACGUUUCCUGGCAUUGGAGUCCCGGCUGUAGCUGCUAGUGGAGCCAUUGUUGCUAAUUCACUGGUUUCUGUUUCCCAGCACUUGCAGCUUCUAGAUGCUGUUGGAAUAUAGCAACAUCUAUAGAUACACACAGAUCUGCAGGCAGUCGUGUAAAGAUAUUUCAAAGAAAAAUACUGAUACAGAUGGCACUGAUAGUAGAGAUGUUGAAGAAGAUAUGUUCAUGUGUCUCAACUCUUUGGGGUCUACAAGAGUUGCGGUUUGAAGCUGUGUUUGAUAGUUGUAGUUAUGCAACAAUGGCUGUCAUAUCCACCGUCGCGUCCUGUGUUUUUGCAGUGAUAAGAAGAUGAAAAAAUACCGAGAUCCAACUUCUUAGUCUUCAAUUUAUGUUCUGCAUGUUUGGAAAUCUGUCUUGUUUAUGCUACUUACUGUUAAGCAGUUUCAUGUUAUGUUCUUGCAGUGAUUGUGUAUCGUUGUUCAUGUUUUCGACUUUGUUAGUGUAUCUAGUUCAUGUUUUUUGUGCAUUUGUUCUGUGUUGUAACGAAGUACUUGUCCUUUAAUAACCUACUGUUAAGCAGUUUCAUGUUAUGUUCUUGCA